AUGUUGCAACCAAACAUCAAGGAAGACUUUUUUGACUCUGAUUUGGAUGAUCCGUUCUUCUCGGAACAAGCCAAGGAAAAGUAUUUAAAUAACAGCAACACUUCUGAUCAAAAUACCAAUGAUCAAAUUAAUAUAUCAACACAGAUGGAACCUGUUCAAUGGUCAAUCCCAGAUUCCGAAUCGGGAGCGUAUUUAAAUACAUUGGAAGCUCGAUUGCAACAGUUAAAGAACGGUAGAACAUUCGGAAAGAGUAGAUUCUUUGGACACUCAUUGAAUCCCUCGUCAUUGAGUAAAAAGUCGGGAAACCGGGUCAUUGGUGCAACCAAUAACAUGGCGUUAAGCGAAAGUAGUAACUGCAAAUGCAAUGAAGUUUUUGGGGAAGAGGAUGAAGAGCAAAAUCAGGACAACAGUGAAGUAGUUGGAGGAAAGCCUUUAUUGGCCAAUUCUGAAGGAGGCUAUUUAGAGGACGCUCUCAUCGAAAGUUACGAAGGAGAGCAAGAAUUUGUGGAUUUACAGUUACAGGAAAUGGAGCAUGCAGAAUGGACAAUUGAAUACUCGGUCAAUGAGGAAAAUUCUCAAGGCCUUAGCAAUAAUACGAAAAGAUUUUAUGAUUUAACUACAGGAGAGUUGAUUUUGGGCGACAACUCGACUGAAAAAGGAGAGGUGCAAGAAUUGCAAAAUAACGAAGAGAGUGACGAAGAGGAGGAAGUUGAAGAAGAUGGGGAGGACGAUAUUUAUGACGCCAUGGAAGGAAUGGAGUUGAAAGACGAAGACGAACUUAACGACGAAGAAGAUGACCAUUUUAUCACAUCAUCAGCAGAAAACUCCUUUUCCAGCUCACAAACACCGAAAAGUAAGACGCCUUUACAAAACGAAGAUGACUGGGAGGCUGACUUUCCUGAAGAAAAUUAA